AUGCGGAGAGUCUUCCUUAUAUUGUCGGUGUCUUCGUUUGUUCUGGGCCAGACCACACCCGAUCAGACGGAAGGCCGACCGAAAUACCAACGAGCUCUGACAGACCUCGUCCCCGCCAGUCUGAUCACCGUACUCGACAAGUACCACCGGCCGAUAAAUAGCAACUAUGACGCGCCUGAGCCCACGAAACAGAAGCUGACCAAGGCUGAAAUCCUCGCGAAGUUCACUUCAGCCCGAUCGUCGUCCACAACCCCAUCAACAACCCCCAGGAGCACGACGACUACGACAAGGAAACCGUCCUCUUACGUGACCUCCUAUCCGAACUUAGGUCAAACAGAUGAUGGCACGGAAACUCCGUUCAGGAUACUCUUCAUCCAGACCACCACCCCGAGCGUUCCCGUAGACCUCACCCAGCCGGGAUUCUUCACCAAAGUUGUCACUCAGACGGCGAAGACGGUCACCGUUUAUGAGGAUGGCGUUGCGAGAACAGAAACAGUUACUCCGUCGCCUUCGCGAGAUACCACCUUGUCUUCAUCACCUGAUUUCAGCCCGGUCUUCAUCUAUAAGAACCAGAGGUUCACCAGCGACUCCCCGAAUCCGGUCGUGAGCGUCGCGAGCUCCGUGAGCACCAGUGAUGGCGAGGUUUUCAAAAACGGGGGAGAGAUCAAGGCGCAGACACUUCAAGGACUCCAGAACGCCGUGGGCACACCUGCAGGGAAGUCCUCGAGUACACCGAGACCUCGGCGUAAGGUCAUAAAGGUCAAGAGCAGGAAGGUGCUCAAGAAGGACAGAGAAGCUCAGAAAACCACAGUGAAACCGUCGACGGAGGCGGAAACAACUGUUGAGACGCCGAAGAAGAAGGGAGCAUCCAACGGUCGAGCCCCAAAGACGAACGCCCCACGUGAACGAUCAAAGGUCCUGAUCACUCGGCGACUCAACAACCCCCAAAAAUCCCAGAGCAUCGAAAUACAAACCACCGUCGCACCGUCAUUAGAGGCGACCUCAGAAACUCCGAGGAAGGUCCGUCGUCCCGGGGGGAUUCGGAGAUCGACUGCCGCUCCUGAAAUCGGGAAAUCCACCUCAGAAGCCCCAACAACGACCGCAACUCCAGCUCGACCCCUAUUCAGAGCCCGAGUAGCUCUGGCACCUUCUCGAGCCCCGAGCACCGCAGCCCCGACUCUGAGAUCUGUGAUCCCAACUUCGAGCUCGGCCCAAUUCGAGCCGACGAAAUCACCAACCAGGAGAAAUCCUCAGCUAUCCAGGACGUCUCCGGCAACCUCGUCAUCUACGUUGUCCAACACUCGGUUGCCGGAAACUUCGACAACAUUGGUUCAGACACCUGAACCGAGCGACGUGAAAUCCUCAACGCAGCCCAGAAUUUCCCAGAAGCGCGUCGUCACUAGAAUCGGAACUUCUAGGCCAGUGACGACAGCUCUGCUGACUACAACACCAUUACCUAGCGCACCGACCGAUGCACCCUCGUCCACGGAAGUUCCGCCAGCGUCUCGAAGCCCGAAGAAAAUCGUCAAGCGUAAGAAAAAACCCACCGCCUCAACAGCCGCUCCCGAGUCCGAGAGCUCCGACGGGACAACCGUGACACCUGUUUCCAUAAUCUACUUCCAAACGACUCGAUUCACCACGCCAACUCCGUCCGUCACCGAAGCCAGGAGAGUUGGCAAGAAACGCAGGAGGAAACCCAGUACAGCUGCAGGAACCGUUUCGACGCAACCGAUUCCGUUCUCUCCCACGGAGCCCUCGACAUUCAGUGCGCCUCAGGCAGUGACCGGAUUCAGACCUAUCACCACCUCGAAUUAUUUCCCGACUCCCGAACACCUCCAGCAUCUACCGAAAACCGAUGAGAUCGCCCAGGUCAUAAACCUCCCGGGAGGUCGCCUUUCAUCGUACCAGGCGCGAUACUCUCCCCAAAGACAACAGGAGUUCGUGCCAGAUCGAGCUUAUGACACAUCGAUUCCGAAUCCCUCGCCGCAACAAAUACCGCGGAUCCCGCCCAAUCAGAGAGCGAUCCGACCCGGACCAUUCACGGUCGAUGAGUUUUUCGCCAACGACCCAACUUACCAAGACCUUCAACGACUACUCGUCGCGGAAACUAACCGUUUCCAUAGCCAACCCAGGAAUUCGGCUCGCUAUUCGCCAUACCAGGAUCGCGCGGUGGAUUAUCGAUCUUCGAAAUGA